AUGGAUGUACCAGAGGGGAAUGGAAACCCUUUGGGCAAUGGACUCGGUCGAGCUAGGCAAACUCGACCGAUUGGUCAAGGAGAUGCUCCAAACCGCCACCAACAGAGACAAGGGAUUGUUCCACCACCAGUGCAGAACCACAACUUUGAGAUCAAGCUGGGAAUGAUCAACCUUGUCCAGAACAAGAUGUUCCAUGGAUUGCCAAGUGAAGACCCCAUUGACCACCUUGAUGAGUUUGAUAGGCUUUGUGAUUUGACAAAGAUCAAUGGUGUCUCUGAAGAUGCCAUCAAGCUGAGACUCUUUCCUAUGUCUCUAGCUGACAAAGCUCACCAAUGGGAGAAGAGCUUGCCCCAUGGCACAAUCACCACUUGGGAUGAAUGCAAGAAGGCCUUUCUUGCUAAGUUUUUCUCCACCGGUCGCACAGCCAAGCUUAGAGGAGAGAUAUCCAGCUUCAUCCAGCGAAACAAUGAGACAUUCGCAGAGGCUUGGGAGAGGUUCAAAGGCUACACAAGUCAGUGCCCACACCAUGGAUUCAACAAUGAAUCACUACUCUCCACUCUUUAUAGAGGAUGCUUGCCUAGGUAUAGGGAGAUGCUAGACACAGCUAGCAAUGGGAACUUCCUCAACCAGGAUGUAGAUGAUGGCUGGCAACUUGUGGAGAACAUAGCUAACUCAAAUGGAAGCUAUGGAGAAGAGUAUGAUCGCACCAACCGGAGCUCGACCCACCACUCGAUCGAGUCAGACGAAAAGUUGAGAAAAGAUGUUAAGGCAUUGAAUGAGAAGUUGGAUAAGCUGAUCCUAGCUCAGUCCACAAUGAAGAAAGUCAACUUUGUGUCUGCUGAGGAGAUGGAACCAGUCCAAGAAGGGGAGGAUACACAAUUUGCUGAGGUGUGCUACAUGAGCAAUGGGCAAGGAGGUUACAACAAAGGAUACUAUAAUUACAAGUCCAACCCUGCCAUGUCAUACCGCAACACUGAUGUUGCUAACCCUCAGGACCAAGUCUAUCCUCAACAACAAGCAGCUCGAUCGAGUCAAGCCACAACAUGGGUAUGGUCAAAAGAACAAUUACCAAGGACCACAAGGCACUUUCCCUGGACAACAAAUGAAUAUCCCACCAGGCUUUCCCCACCAACCACCCCAGCCUGCACCUUCACAAGAGAAUGA